UGAUUAUUAGGUAGCUGGGGCUGCCGAGUCGGCGGUGGAAGCGGAGGAAGAAGAGGAAAACGAGGCGAGUGGGUGUUGUGUUAGGGAAGAAAGGAGCUUGAGCAGUCAUAAUUGAAACUCGACAGGGUCUGGCACAGCCGGGACCCUAAGAAUGGCUUCUUUUGGGUGGAAGAGGAAGAUUGGUGAGAAGGUCUCAAAGGUCACUUCCCAGCAGUUUGAAGCAGAAGCUGCUGAUGAGAAGGAUGUGGCUGAGAAUGAUGAAGGUAACUGGCUUCAUGCCGUUAAACGUAGGAAAGAAAUUCUCCUUGAAGGCUCUGCUGAGAAAAGUAAACAGCUGAAGGAUGAAGGAGCCAAUUUGGCUGAAAAUAAAAGAUACCGGGAAGCAAUUCAGAAGUGGGAUGAAGCAUUACAGUUAACCCCAAAUGAUGCUACCCUGUAUGAGAUGAAAUCACAGGUCCUCAUGUCUCUUCAUGAAAUGUUCCCAGCAGUACAUGCAGCCGAAAUGGCUGUUCAGCGAAAUCCACAUUCAUGGGAGUCUUGGCAAACUUUGGGGCGUGCUCAGCUUGGAUUGGGAGAGAUAAUCCUGGCUAUUAGAAGUUUUCAAGUGGCUCUUCAUAUCUAUCCAAUGAACCCUGAAAUAUGGAAAGAAGACCUCUCUUGGGCAAGAACGCUCCAGGAACAGCAGAAAGUAGCACAGAAGAUUAAAAAAAGUGAAGCGCCAGCUGAAGUAGCACAUUUUUCACCAAAGUCAAUUCCAGACUAUGACUUUGAAAGUGAUGAGAUUGUUGCUGUCUGUGCUGCUAUUGCUGAAAAACAGAAGACAGUUUCAGCAAAUAAAACAAUGGUUAUUGUGUCUGCUUCUGGGACUGUAGAGACCGUAACUGAGAAGGAAGAUGGUGCUACACCACCAGAUGGCUCUGUUUUUAUCAAAGCCCGAUGAAGCAGUGUGCAUAAUAGAGGAAUUAUUUGAAUCUUUUUGAUUGCCACUUAAAAUUUAGAUAUAGGGACAUUUACUGUGGAGAUAGAGGGCAAAACUCCUGUUUGUAAAAAUAAGUUUAUCAGAUGAGGCAUACAAAAACUAAAUGGUAGAAUUACCGUUUGGACUAUGUCUUGAUAGCUUAUGAUUUAUACUUCUUAAGAUUAGAAUUCUAAGUAAAAUCAUCACUUUUGAUUAAUAAACUUAAUGUAAUCUGAAUAUAUAAGUGAGUAUGUUUUAAAGGUAACUUGAAAAGUAUAUUCUUAAAUAGUGGAUAAAUUGAUGGCAACUUGAAAGACAACUUGAAAAAUAUAUUCUUAAAUGGUGAAUAACUGGAUGGCUAACGUUAUUAAAAUGUUGGCUCAACUUUUGUUUUAUGGUAAAGGAAGUGUGUGAUUUCUUUUCUUCCUAAAAAUAUACUGUUGUUACUAUUCAUUCUUUCGUUUUUCUUGCUUCAUUAGAGUAAGUCUGUCACAAAGCUUGAAUAUUUUUAAUAUUUCAUUUUGAUUCAAAGUUGUCAUUUGGUUUUAUGUGAAAUCCUUGAAAGUCUGGCUGAAAAAUGCAUGCAAAUGUAUACAUUCUGAACAUUUUCUGAAGUUUCUCUUAAUUCUGAUUUGUGUUUCUAUUUUGACUUUAAAGUUAUAACAAUAAUAGUUUUCUCCUUCAGUAUUUGUUAGAUGUGUGAAGUAUGCAGAAUGAUUUUUUUAAUUGUUAUAGUAGGUAGAGUAGUCCUUACCACAAAUGAGUCAUUUUUAAAAUGUGCAUUUUUAUUUUUAUUUUUUUUAUUUCAGCAUAUUAUAGGGGUACAAAAGUUUAGGUUAUGUAUAUUGCCCUUGCCCCCUCCCCCAAGAUGUGCAUUUUUAAAAUGAAUGGCUUUUACAGAUAGGUCAUGAUAAAUUGUUCUGCUGUAUCAUCCCAGUCAAAAGCAGUAUUUUCCUUCCUUUAAUUUUAAAAGCUUAAAAAACCCUGAAGACAACUUGUUUCUUGCUUGUAACUGUCCAGGUGAUGAUUCGGAAUUACUUUUCUAGAUAACUUUUUUGGAAAUAGUGAAAUGAAAAAUAAUUGCAAUUUUAAAUAGCUAAAUGAUAUCUUUCUAAAAAUAAAAAAGUAAAGAUGUUAUUAGAAGUGUCAAUGAGUGAGUAACUGAAACACAAAAUACAUAGAAACUGGAAUGUGAUUUACAGUACAAUCCUGCGUUUAAGAGAAGGCAAUGUUAAAUAUUUUGUUGAAGCCACAAUCGCAUUCACAAAUCAAUACUGUUGUUGCUAAUUUAUUUUUAUAACUAUAUAUUGUAGUGCAGUUAUAAAGAACUGUGGAUACUGUAAUUUCUGACACUCAGGAGGAUAUUAUUGGUGGAAAAUUAAUUUUAUCUUUGUUAGGGAUGAAAGUAGGCUACUUUAUGUUAAGGAUCUUACCUAACACGAUUGGAGCAUGUAAGUAAUGGUCUACAUUUUUGUGAGGAUGAGUUUUCAAAAUUAUGUUUUAUUGCAAUGCAUACCUCUUUCUUUUCAGAGUUGGAGAAAUCCGCAGUUGCCUUGAAAAGUAUAUUUUUACCCUAAAUUAUAUCAUGAGAAAGUUAGCUCUGGUUAAAGAGGUCAGUUUCAGAGUGAUCCAAAAAAACAAAUAUUAAUUAUUUUAUUUUGUUUAAUAAGGAAAAUUCUCAAAAGGUAGAUAGUUAUCUAGAGAAUUGAAUACUCAACAUUUGAUAUGUUGUUUUGAGUAAUGGAUGGUUGUUUUUUGUGUAAUUUGUGAAUAAAUAGUUUUUUCUGCAUUGCGGAGACUUUCUUAUUUUGUCUUGUUAGCUUUUGAAAAGUUAGAUUGAUCUACUUAAUUUCUUAUGUGAACAUAAUAUACGUAAAGUUCCUUGCAUGGUGCCUUGCACAGGAAGUGCUUAGUAAAUGCUAUUUCUAUGAAGAACUUGAAUUAAUCUGGAGAUACUUAACCUCAAUGUCUUCUGACUUUAAGAAAGGAGAACUUUUUUGUAAUCCUUUCCUUAUUUGAAAGCGAGAGGUCACGACUUCUGAUACUAUCAGUUGGGGAUUAUUCUUAGUGGAAGGUCUGUGCCUCAACCCCCAAAAAGGCAAGACCCAGGAUGUAGUACAUGUGGCCACUAAACCCUGUUAAAGAACCUAGUGUUUCCUCUGUAUUGGCAUUGGUGGGCCAGGUUAGUCUCUUCCUUACCCAGAUUAAGUUAUAAAUAGACAUAAGGUUGAGGAGAAAAAGGAAUAGAGAGUUAUGUGAAGGAAGGCAGCUCAUUUCUUCAGGCGCCAAAAGAUGCUUAUUUUAGCUAACACUUUCCUAUGCAUGGGGAGAAAAAUGCAUUUUUAUUUUACAAGGAUGUGAAUAUCAACAUACAAAUGUUUACUAUGCUUAAUUAUAAUAAAUCUUUGUGAAUCUGAAGAAAAAUAAUUGAUGUUCAUGACAGUGAUAUGGGUAUUAUUAUAAAUGUUUAAUAUAUUUCUUGAAAUAGCACUGCUUAGUGUUUGAGUUAUAUUGAAUAUAAUUUAUAUUAUUCUUGUUUGAAAAUUAUAUGGCAUAGACACUCGUUAGAACACUACACAUUCAGACCAUGCCUGAUAACCUGAGAAUCAUAUUAUUCUCUAGGAAACAAGCUCUUUGAUUAUAGAGUAUUUAUCUUAAAUAUGUUAACAAAUGCUAACUAAAACAUUGAAGAACAGUCAUGCAGGUUAUAGGUCAGAGAACCCAGAUCUGCAACUGGGACCUACAUGCAAAAUUUAAUGGAAGUGGUUGAAGUAUGAAAACAUUUUAGAUUGGUGCCCUAUGGUAAAACUAUACUGGACACUUAAAAAAUCUUUUGUCUCCGAAAGCUACAGUUUCCAUGAUUAUAACUGAACAGUAGCCUCUUCAGUUUGAAAAUUAUGCUUUACAAAAUGAUUUGAAAACUUAUUUAACUGCCUUUUCCAGCAGUAAGAAAAUUAUUAAUCAUUUCUUUUCAUUUCCUUGAGUCAGAUGCCCUUCUAAAUUGACUCUGAAUCAGCUAUUCUGAGCUGUGAUUUCAUGACAUAUGUAUCUAAAUGAGUUGUGAGUUGACACAAGAACCAUUGUUUCAUGACAAUUAUCUUCAAUGAGUAUCUUAAAUAUGUUUUUUUGUUCCUGAGAGGUUAUUAUUUAAACCGAUGGUAUAUUUUAUAAUUUUGAGAUUGAGAAAAUAAGAUUUUUAAACCAAUAAUAAAACAUGGAAAUUUGUAAAUUACCUCCUUACCAAAGUAAAUUAAAAUGAAAUAAAGGAGGUUAUCCCUAAUGUCGUGUACCUUAGUCACUUGCAAUUAAAUAUGGCCACUUUGGAAGAGAAAGGGUGGCCCUAUAGUUAGUGUACCAUGAAUUGUGCCUUAAUGUGUGAUAUAUGUGAACUUCACCUGUUGUAUAUGUCAAGAUGGAAGAAAGGUUGAGAAAUGCUGAUCUAUACUUUGGUGGGAAAGCAGGGGAUGGAGAUGGCUUCUUUUCAUAGAGCUUUUUAGGACAUCCAUUAACCAAGGAAUCCUGAUAUCUCCCUCCCACAUGCCCAGUAAAGAAAGGCGUUUAAGACACAGAACUGGGCAUGCCAUGCCCUUUCUCCUCUUCCUUUGGAUUUGUCAUGCCUGCAGAGAGCCCUGUGUUAUGGUCUCUUGCCAGCCACAUUGUGUGCCUUGCAGUGAAGGUUCUCUGCCUCUGUGAGGGGAGACCUGUGCUUGUGCAAAACUGCCCAUGCCUUGGUGAGCAAGUCUUUUGAAUUCUGGGUUUGAUAUUAGGUGGCCAUUGUUGGCACAAACCUAAUUUACAUCCUCUAACGUAGACUUUUCCAGUAAUUCAUCUGAUAUAUUGAAGCUGUCUGUCUCUCAAGUGGUUCAGAGGUCAGGAAGGGACAAUGGGUAUUAUUUUAUGACUCCCUCAAACCCCAACAAAAAUUAGUGCAGAUUAUAUUUCAACGUAAGCAUGAGAUAUAUUUUUAAUGUGGGAAUUUUUUUCUGAUUUUAGAAUUUCUAUCAUGGAAAUUCUAUUGAAAAUGAAUAUUAUUAAUUAUAAGGCAACAUGUAAAAAUUUGUUCAGGAUAUUAAAAGGUCUACUAACUUGGAUAUGUGAUAGACCACAUUGUUGACUCUAGAUUUAAUUGGAAGGGAAGAAUAUGAGACUAAUUAUGAUCCUCUGCCCACCUCUAGUAUAAUUUAGAUAUAAUAAAAUGCAAGUAUUUUAAGUUUAUAGUUUGGAGAGUUUUGACAAAUGUGGACUGGAUCCACUUGACCACUACAAAGAUGGAAUGUAUGUCCAUUACCCAAAGUUCUCUAAAGCCCUUUUGCAGUCAAUUCCCCUACACCCCAAUAGCCAUCCUUAUUCAACUACCUGUCUGCUUUCUGUGGUUAUAAAUUAGAUGUGACUUUUAUAGAAUUUCAAAUAAAUAAACUAUACAAUAUGUACUCUUUUGUGUCUGACAUUUUUUGCUCAGCAUGAUGCUUUUGCAAUCCAUCCAUGUUGAUAUUCACCCAUGUUAUUGUGUAUAUCAGUAAUAUGUUCUGUUUUAUUGUUGAAUAGUAGUCUAGCAUAUGGAUAUACCACAAUUUGUUUAGCUAUUAACCUAUUGAUGGACAUUUAGUUUGUUUCAGUUUUUGACCUAUUAUAAAUAAAGCUGCUAUGUACAUACGUCACAAUUCUGUGUGUGGACAUAUCUUUUCAUUUCUCUUGAGUAAAUGCCUAGGGACUAAAUACCUGAGUAAUUACUCAGUCUUAUGACAAGUAUAUGUGUAACUUUAGAGGAAACUGCUGAACUGCUUUCUGAGUAUCUGUACCAUUUUGCCUUCCUACCAGUAAUGUAUUGAAGAAGUUUCAGUUGCUCAAUAUUCUUGUCAAUGCGUAGUAUUGUCAGUCUGUAAUUUUAGCCACUUUAGUGGGUAUAUAGUAGUAUUUCAUUGUGGUUUUAAUAUGCAUUUCCCUAAUGAUAUUGAACAUCCUUUCUUAACCUUAUCUGACAUUUGUAUAUAUCUUUGUUUGGAAAGUACUUGUUCAAAUAUUUUGCCUAUUUUUUAUUUGGGUUAUCUCAUUGAGUUGUAAGAAUUUUUCCUUUAUACUGGAUUAAAGGCCUUUGUGAGAUA